GUAUACAUACACAUGCACAGCGCUUUAACUGGAGUGCAGGUACACAUGUAUUAGUUACCCUCACUACAGAGCAUGCCUAUUGAUUGGCUCAUUUUUGCUGGGGUUUACAUAUUGUGACAGCAGAGAAAGAGAAAGCGACAGAAAUAUCAUAUUCAGAUGAACGUUCAUUUGUUCCUUUUUGCCGGGGUUUCAUAUUGUGACAACAGGGAACGUGUUUUAUGUUUGACUAUGAUACAAAAGGGAAAGAACAUCAACACACUCGGCAAUCUGAUUAAUACUCGGGGGCUACACCCCCUCGUACAAAUCAGAUAGCCUGGUGUCUAUUACAUGGACAAGCCUUGUUGAAUGUGUAUUUUAGAAGUCACUGGCGUUGGAUAAGUAAUAUUGUUGAAAUCUAUCAGGAAUAUUGUGCUAGGGGUGGUGAGGGUCAGACCAGGGACUGUGAGUACUAAAUUAAGUAAACAAAUUGAAGACCAUGGCACUUAUAAACAAGGACAUUUUAUUAUUGCUGUCGGGAUGGAUGAUUUUGUGUGCCGAGACUCAAACUCGGGAUUUAUUCAUGGAUUCCCCUACAGCAUGCGGUAAAACAUUCGCGGCAGGUGAUCGAGAAGUGUUUCGUGUAAAACCACGAGGAACAGUUGGUGUAUCUCACCCUACAACAAACUGCGUCGUGUACUUUGAAUAUAGUCAAGCAGGUUCGAACUACAAGUUUGAAAUUGUGGUAGAAGCGGCUUCAUUUCGUGACUGCGGGCUUCAGCUACGUAUAUUUGAUGGCAAGAGCACUGGUGGCAAUUACCUGCGAGUAUUGGGCUGUGGUUCAACAACAUCUACUGCACAGUUCUAUUCGAAGGACAGGGCAAUCACACUCAUGUUGACUCGAACUCAGAACCAGUAUUUCUUCGGGAGUGACUUUCAGCUCAAAAUACAGCUUUACUAUGAUAGUGAUAGUAGUGAGAGCAGCAGUCAAGAUACCGUUGACGGUAAAGUAUCUUUUUCUAUUUCUCUAUAACGAGACAAAAAAAAC